CCGUCCGUGCGAAGGUGUGCGCGCGCGCUACGACGCAGCCAUUGAGGCCUCGGCCCGUCCGCGCGCCGAGGCGCAGCCGUUGCCGCAGCCGUUGCAGCUUUCGCUAACGGAGUCGGCCGGAAGGGGGCGGUGUCGGCAGCUGCCGAUCCCGUCCGACUGUUUGGCUCUCCGUUAGUUGCCCGCUCGUCGAAGUGCUAGUCCCGUUGUUCGAGGCAGCAUGGAGCGCUAUCCGGGCGACCGGGGAAUGGGCUGGAGGGAGCUGGGCUACGGCCAAGCCGUGGACCCGACAGGCCAGGCCGGCUCGGCCCCCACAGCGGGGGCCCCGGCCCAGCCCGUCCCUAUCCAGUGGGGCGUCUACUAUUUAGCGCCAGUCGGGGAGAUGGCGCCGCCGCCCGUGGGGAUGCAGCUACCGGUCCUGGGCGCGGUUGGGGCAGCUGCCGUCGACCCCGCCGCCGCCGCCGCGCCCGUCCCCGUCUAUGGCAUCGGUGGCGGGGAGGAGGAGCUGGAGGAGAAGAAGCAGGAGGAGGAGGACCUGUGGGCCUCGGUUUUGAGAGAAGUCUCCGCCGGGCCCAGGCCCAAACUGCCAACGGGCAAGAACAUCCUUAUUUUAGGAGAAACUGCAUCAGGUAAAACCACCCUCAUGGCCAAGAUGCAAGGAGCCGAUCACACCAAGAAAGGUUCAGGGCUAAAAUAUCUAUACCUCAACAUACAUGAUGAAGACAUAGAUGAUCACACCUGCUGUAAUGUGUGGAUCCUGGAUGGAGACUUGUUCUACAGAGACCUGCUCAAAUUUGUGGUGACCGCAGAAUCACUAGAAGAUACCCUGCCCAUCUUCGUGGCAGAUAUGUCUAGGCCUUGGACUAUUAUGGAAUCGUUACAGAAAUGGACCAGUGUUCUGCAGGAACACAUUGAUAAAUUAAAGAUCCCCUCGGAGGACAUAAGAGUCAUGAAACUGAACUUUGCAAAAGAUUUUCAAAGCUAUCUGGGGUCAGGACAGCGCCCCCGAGGAUUUCAGUUGAGAGAGCAAGGCAACGAAAGCGUCUUUUUGCCACUUGGAGACCGUGUGCUUACUCACAGCUUUGGAAUUCCUGUACUGGUAGUUUGUACAAAGUGUGAUGCAAUGCGUGUCCUGGAGAAGGUACAUGGCUAUUCGGAAGAGCAUUUUGAUUUCAUUCAAUCACAUAUUCGUAGAUUCUGCUUGAAAUAUGGAGCUGCUUUGAUUUACACAUCUGCUAAAGAAGGAAAGAAUCUUGACUUAUUGUUCAAGUACAUGGUACAUAAAAUCUAUGGUUUUCCCUUCACCACACCUGCAUUGGUGAUGGAAAAGGAUGCGGUUUUCAUACCUGCGGGUUGGGAUAACGAACAUAAAAUAGCUGUUUUACAUGAGAGCUUCACCAGUGUAUAUCCAGAGGAUGAAUAUGAAGAUUUCAUUAUUCCUCCAGUGCGAAAGUUGACCCAUUUUAAAGAAGUGGUAGCAGAAGACGACCAAGAAUUUCUCCUGAGGCAACAGGCAAUCCUUGCCAGGCAACCAGCCACACCUACACGAGGAUCUGAAUCUUCGGCAAGAGGUGCAGACUCUUCAAAAACACAGAGCCAGGCUGGUGCUGCAGUGUCUGAUUCCUCACCUGCUGCAGCAGAAGCAAAUACUAAGACUGGUUCUUCGAAUGAAGGGGUGUUGGCCACCUUCUUUAACAGUCUGCUGAAUAGAAAACCUGGCUGUCCUAUGGGUCCUGCUGCUGCAGGAAUGCAGAGCACAGCCCCAAAACAAGGACAAAGAGCGGUACUGAGAAAUGUACAAGAAGAACUGGGCAGGAUGACCCGCAAGUCAGACUCCGCGGCUGGAACAAAAUAUUCAAAAGGGAAAAAGCCUUAAUGCCUUCAAAGAGGCAUCUAUAAAUGAUCAAAUAACUCAGUGUACUGAUCUGAUAA